ACUCGCGUUUUUUUUAGCAUGCAGUUGUUGAGUUGAAACGCUAGUAGAUUUUGAAGCCAUCACCAGUCACGCUGCUGCAGAAAUACUUCCAUUAAACCUAUAUUCUGCCACCUGUGAAUGAACAAAUCUGAGUGGAUCUGAAGUUGUCGCGUUGGAGCAUUUGGAUUUUACAUCAGUAUAAACUGGAUCUGGACAUAAAUGCCUUAACUUCCUGGGGCGUAUCGGUCUUACCAGGCUGGUUCUCCAGUGUACCAACCCUGGUGUCUGAGAGAUCUACCCUGAUCGGGAGGGGAUGAGCUGGGCAGAGGAGGACUGGACAGUGGGCCUGUCUGGCCGGGCCCUGCAGAAGGUCAAGGAGCUGCAGGUCCAGCAGGAGAGGCUGAACAGAGAGAGACAGCAGAAACACCUGCAGCUGGACAGCACACAGACCUCCCUCAACAGACUGUCAAGUAUGAGGAGGUGCGCAGGGAGCUGCAGUGUGUACAGAGGGAGUUACAGGUGGCUCGUGAGGAGGCGCAUGCAGGUGUCUGUGUGCGGGAGCGUCUCUCUCAGGAUCUCCAAGUGAAACAGGCCCAGGUGUGUUCACUGGAGGGACAGCUGGGCUCGGCACGAACCCUCACACACACCCUCGAAAAGGAGGUCAAAAGGUUGGAGGCGGAUCUAGAGAAGUUACAGAACACUAGAAGCUCUGGAGAAUCCAUGUUGUUUUCCACCCCAUGCUGGAGUAUGACAUCACCACGGGACCACAAUGGUGGGAGACAGGAGGAAAGGCAGGGAUACAGCGGCGGCGAGGGGGAUACAGCGGCGGCGAGGGGGACAAUAAAGCACUAAACGUCAGACAACAGCUCAAGUUCUCAGACCCUGGCGUCUCGCCCACGCCCCCACAACAACAAGCCAAGGGCACGCCCCACCGGCGUCCGUCCCACCAAUCAGACUCCUCCACUCCCUCGGCUGUGUUUCCGUGGGAACGGGACGACCAAAAGCCUUCCACCAGGGAACGACUCGCUCCUCCUCCAUCUCCCUCUCUCCCCUCCAGCAAUGUCAUCAGACGAGGACAGGAUGCUGGGGGUUGUGGGAUGGUGGAGGACCUCAGGAGAGAGACAGACAGUGACCCUUCAGAAGCAGGCGUUGGAGAGGGAUAUAGAUGCUUUGAAAGAGAAAGUCAAAUGGACUGAGGGGGAACUGAAGGAGAGCCAGAAGAAAGAGGCCCAAACACAAACCAAACUAACGGAGUCACUGUGUGAGAGGGAGGGGCUGAAUGUAACACUGGAGCAGAACAGGAGGAGAGAGACAGGACUGGAGGAGGAGGUGAAGAAGCUGGCUGAGGAGCUGGCAGAGGCCUUCGGAUGCAUCAAAGAACUAGAAGACCAGAAGACGGUCCAACCCACUGCUGCUCCAAUGGCUCCAGUCCCGUUUAGCCCUGCCGGACAGAGCUUUGCCCCGGUCUCACAACCACAACAUGGCCACACCACCCCACGUACAUCCUCGGCUCAGACCAACAGACCUGCUAGAGGGGAGCAAGCGAGGGAGGAGCGAGAGGAGAGAGGGAACGAGGGACAGAGAGCAAAGUACCCCACAGAGCGAGAGCCUGGCGAGGGCAUCGACUCAGAGCACAUCACUCCGUUUGGAUCCACAGACUCUGACAAAACAAAGAGGGCUGGAGAAAGGGGGAAAGGGGAGGAUAGGAAACGAGAGAAUGAGAGACAAGACGAGGUAGAGUCGGUAGUAGAUGGCUGCAUCCCUGGAAAGGAUGCGUCCACCAAGGACAAAAACUCACUCAGCACACAGAGCUCUCUUUCUGACACAGACCACAGUCCCCACCUCAGCAGGUCCGCUAGCUCCGACACAGACUACGAGAGCGAGACCCUGUCCAGCCACUCCAAACCCCGAGCCCAGACCACCGGGGCUGAGGGAGACCUACAAAGGGAGAACCGAGAGCUGUGUUCAGAGCUGCAGGACGUUAAGGAUGAGUUACAAAGGAGACUGGAGGAUCUGGAGACACAGCGCAGAGCGGAGGCCGAGGCCCGGACCAGACUCAAGCAACUCAGCUGCAAACAUGCCUCCCAGGCUGAGACCUCCAGAGAGAAGGAGGAGAGGAGGGGGGAGUUAGAGAGAGCAGAGACAGGGAGGUUGAAGGAGACACUGGCUGAACUUGAGAUAAAGGCAACAGCAACAACAGCUGAUCUGAUCCAGGAAUACGGAACUCUGACCAAAGCUCCAGAUCUCUCCAGACCUAUUGGUGAGGGAGAGACCAUUGUGGAGGCCCAGAGGGGUGUGUCUCCCUCAGACCAGGCUGAAACCACCAUGGAGCUCCAGAGUGGAGGCCUCUCUGCCUCAGAGCUAGCCCAGGAGGUGGAGCAUCUGGGUGGGGAGAGCGCCAAGGAGGCUGGGCGAGCCAGACAGACCCAGGCCAAGCUGGUGGCCAGACAGAGCCAGCAACACGUCCGUAGUGACGGACACACCAUGUACAGCCCUGUCUUCAGGAGAGCUACUGAAGAGUCCCAGAGAGACCUGAGUCUAACCAGGACUGAGAAUACACGUCUUACUGUAGAGCUGGAGAAAGCUUCUGCUCCUACCAACAACAGUACACCAGUGGACAGGGUCGAGAAGACAGUCUGGCUGAAGAGCUGCGGUCUCUAA